AUGGGGAUUACUCUUCUCUUAUUCUUGGUCUGCAUCAGCAGAGCCGUCUCUGAGAAUAUUGACGAGAUGCUAAGAAAACAUGAAAGUGAAAUAAAAGAAGUACUCGAGUUGCCCAAAGAAAAAUUGGAAAAAUUAAAAGAAGAAGAAAAGAAUAUUAUUGAUGUGAAACAAGAUCAUGUUAGUUCUUCUGGCGAUGACAUUCUGGAAAUCAACAUGAUGGACCAUACAUCGGGAGCGUAUCAAGGCGACAUAAUGCUAACGGAAAGUCAAGUAGAAGACAUUAAAGAGGACAUCGAAGAAGUAUUCGCAGAAAAGAAUGGCAAUGCCACCGAGUAUAGAAAACGACGAAAACGCCAAGCAUUCCUCGACCGUAGGUAUCCCGAAACAACAUGGCGAGAUGGAGUCUACUAUUUCUUCCAUUACAGUGCAACUCCAAAAGUUCAAAGCGUUUUCAAAAAAGGCGCGCAGGCGUGGCAAGAUUACACAUGUAUCAACUUCCACGAGGAUAAAAACCGAAAAGAGAAACACAAAAUUCAAGUAUUCGUUGAAAAUGGUUGUUGGUCAUACGUCGGUAAAAUUCAAAAACCGCAGCAAGAACUAUCUCUUGGAAAAGGAUGUGAAUCUGUUGGUACUGCUGCACACGAAAUAGGUCAUGCACUUGGAUUUUGGCAUACUCAAUCAAGGCACGAUCGCGAUGACUUCAUCACAUUAGACACCAGAAAUAUUAAGCAUGACUGGCUUAGCCAGUUCAAUAAAGAAACGACGGCCACCAAUUACAACUAUGAUAUUACUUACGACUACGGAAGCAUAAUGCACUAUGGAUAUAGAUCUGCAUCCUACAACGGAAAGCCCUCGAUGGUUCCAAAGGACAGACUGUAUGCGCAGACCUUAGGAUCACCUUUUAUUUCCUUCUACGAGUUGCUUAUGAUGAACAAACACUACAAAUGUCUAGAAAAAUGUAAACCAGAGACAUCCACAAAAUGUGAAAUGAAUGGUUUCCCUAAUCCUCGUGACUGCAUAAAAUGCGUUUGUCCAAGUGGUUUCGGCGGUGAUCUUUGUGAUGAAAAUCCAUCCGGAUGCGGUCAAGUACUGAAUGCGACUAAAGAGUACCAAACUCUCACAGAUACAGUUGGUGAUAUCAACGUUGGGGAGAGAGAAGACUUCUCAAAGUGCUACUAUUGGAUCAAGGCACCAAAAGGUUCUCGUAUUGAAGUUAUGCUCGAAAGUUUUACAAAAGGGCUUGCUGUUGAUGGGUGCUCUUAUGCUGGAGUCGAAAUUAAAACUCAUAAAGAUCUUCGCCUCACUGGUUAUAGGUUCUGUGCUCCAGAAGAUAAGGGGGUCACUUUGGUGUCAAACUAUCACAUUGCCCCUGUGAUCACAUACAAUCGAGCCUAUGCAUCCACUACUGUCCUGAAGUACCGAAUCGUUACUGCAGAUGAUGGUCAACCGGGAAUUACGAGACAAUCAAAUCCAACCACAAAAAAGCCAAAACCAUAUGAAUAUACUACAAAAAAGCCAUAUGAAUAUUCUACGAAAAAGCCAAAUACGAACUCAGAUUGCGAGGACGAUAAACGCUUCUGUCCCCAGAUGAUGAGGCUGAGAAACUUCUGCACAGACAUUCAUUAUUCAAGACUCUUGAAAGAGAGGAUGUUUAGCAUUAAACACUUCACUGCUUAUCACCUUGGAAAAGUUCAGCUUCAAGUGAAAUCUGGUGGUGAUUUCAAAGAUAACAUAACGUGUUAUUAUUUCUUGGAACCAGAAGUCAAGGAAAUAUAUGAUAAGGAUUUCACUAAUGGCAGUGGAGUAUCCUUCCACAACGGUUUACCGCCUCAGUGGCGUGGAGGUGACUCUGGGAGUCGAACUGCGAUGCACAGCGGAGGUUCGUCCUCCGGCAGGGUCUCCCAAGCUGAGAAGGAGUCCGACACAUCCGACAUUCCGACUUCUCGGAAUCCGAAGCCAAGAGUUGGGCGACGACCUGUGGUGAAAGCUAAGUUUGCCGUGGCAUGGCUGCUUAGUUUGGGGAAAAGUGUUUUUGCCACUCCAGCAUAUUCACUGCCUCAGUACCCUGCACACUGGUCCCUGCUGUCUCAGACGUCGGAUGGUAUGGGGACCGGUGAGAGGCGAUCAAAUCUCAGACCGUUUACUUACAACGCGAGAACAGCGCCCACAGACGAUGACCUGCAUACCAUUCUCAGAGCUACAAAGCGUAUCAAAUUUCACGUGAUUGCUCUGCAGGAGACCAAGUGCAGAAGGAGCAACGUAUGUCACAUGAAUGACGGCACACUCGUCAUUCGUGGUGAGAAUGUUCCGUCGCGAAAUGUAGGCGGUGUCGGUUUUGUUGUGCACCCAUCUGUCGUUCAUCUUGUCGAUUCUCAUGAGAUCCUGUCACCUCGUCUGGUCAUUCCUCGCCUCCGCCCUCUGCCCCAAAAACCCAUCAGUAUCAUCAACUGCUACUCACCAACAUCAGCAGCUGAUAAAUCCGAAUUGGAGGCGUUUUACUAG